UUGUCACUGCCACCGYCGCCAACGACCAGUGAACGCCGCGCGUGUGUUGUGUUCGAGUGCGUCCGGUGUCCACGUUGUGACCGCCAACGUUCGCAUGUUUUGCACAACAACGUAAUAUUAUUUUUAUAAUUUGUUCCGGAAGACUUUCGGCUGAGUUACAAUACUAUUAAUAUAGUGAUUACAUAUCAGAAAAUUAGUGAGCGUAUUUUCACAUCACGACCCUCAGAGGCACACUUUAUCGUCUUUACUUUGUUCUUGCACCUAAAUCUACACACGGAAGCGGAAUAAGAGAAGGAGACUACUGCUAGACUAUGUAUUCAUCGUUGAUAAGGUGGAGUUUCGUGCUGUGUUUGGUGUUAUUUUCAGAUUGCAAGGACUUGUUAGAGCUGUCAGCCAUCGUUCCCAGAUACGCCAAACUGGGCGAGACAGUGGUGCUGAGAUGCAACCACACGGUGGUCGAAAACCAACUUUACAAGGUCCAGUGGACCAAGAAUGGUGACAAAUUGUUUCAGUACAUAAGAGGACGUGUACCGCCGUACAUCAACCACACGAUUCCAGGAGCCAAAAUCGACUGGGGUCAAACAAAACCCUCAGAGUUGGCACUCAUGGACGUACAACAUGAUGCUUCCGGUCAGUACGCAUGCACAGUAACCACAGAAUCUCCAAUAUAUAGUAAGACAUCUGAAUCCCACGACCUUACAGUCAUAAAAAUUCAAACUACCGAUCCUACUAUUGAAAUCUUCAAAGAAGUAUUCAACGUAGGAGACAUAUUGGACGCCACUUGUACAUCAGGACCUUCGAAACCUGUACCCGAAAUCACAUGGCUAGUCAAUGGACGAAGGCCACCGGAUACCUACAUGAAACCAAUCGUUAAAACAGCGUUGGACUCAGCAUCCGCAAUGAGGCUCACAUUUCCGGUGUCGGAUAAAUUAGGCGCCGAGGUUCACCUGACGUGUCUAUCCACAAUACCCGGGUUUAUCAAUCAUAAGGCUGACUACCACGAUUACGCCGAUUACAGGACRACCUCGAUCAUAGUGAGCGUGGCAGCCAAAUCUGAGCCAGUGACUGCGGGAUGCGAAAAAGAAUUUAUUAGCAUCGUCGUCGUUGCGGUGACUGCAGCCGCCGCCGUUGCGUUUCAGACGUAAUUUACGAGACAGGUCUGUACAUUUAUACUACUACUCAGCCUCGACGUUU